UGUCUUAGAAAUCAGUGAUGUCCUGGGAUGUUGCCAUUGACUUCUCUCAGGAAGAGAGGGAAUACUUGGAUUUCUCUCAAAGGGAUUUAUACGGAGAUGUGAUGUUGGACAACUGUAGCAACUUGGUGUCACUGGCACUCUGAAGACAUUAUUCCACUGUCUCCCAGCUUCUAUUGUUGCUUUUGAGAAGUCUGCAACCUCUUUAUGGUUCCUUUUACUUGCUUUCAAGAACUGCAAGAAAUGACUUAAUUCUAAGAAAGGACACUUAUGAAACAGAAUUAUCCCUAUGUGAAAUGUCUUUCAGGCUUGAAAGCUGUCAUCUUAAGGAGUCCAAUUCCAGAGAUUAUUUGGAAGUCAAAAGCAGGGUGGGGAGGAAACAAGAAAAUCAGAAGGAAUAUUUCAGUGAGGGGAUGAUCACACAUGAAAAAAUGUCCAUUUUCAACCAGCAUACUUACUUUUCUCAACACCCAAGAUGUCAGUCUACUGAGAAACCUUAUAAAUGCAAGGAAUGUGGGAAGGCCUUCAGACGAGCCUCACACCUUAGUCAACAUCAGAGUAUUCAUACUGGAGAAAAGCCCUAUGAAUGUAAGCAAUGUGGAAAGGCCUUUAGUCGAGAUUCACAGCUCAUUCUUCAUCAGAGACUUCAUACUGGUGAGAAACCCUAUGCAUGCAAGGAAUGUGGGAAGGCCUUUACUCAAAGCUCACAACUUAUUUUACAUCAUAGAAUUCAUACUGGUGAAAAACCAUAUAAAUGUGAAGAAUGUGGGAAAGCCUUUAUUCGUAGUUCGCAACUCACUCGACAUCAAAAAGUUCAUACUGGUGAAAAACCUUAUGAAUGUAAAGAAUGUGGGAAGGCCUUUACUCAGAACUCACAACUUACUCUGCACCAGAGACUUCAUACUGGUGAGAAACUCUAUGAAUGUAAAGAAUGUAGAAAGGUUUUCACUCAGCUUUCACAACUUAUUCUACAUAAAAGAAUUCAUACUGGUGAGAAACCCUAUGAAUGUAAGGAAUGUGGGAAAGCUUUUAUUUGUGGCUCACAGCUUUCUCAGCACCAGAAAAUUCAUAAUGGGGAGAAACCAUAUGAAUGUAUGGAAUGUGGAAAGGCCUUUAUUCGGGGCUCAUUACUUAUGCAACAUCAGAGGAUUCAUACUGGUGAAAAACCAUAUAAAUGUGAAGAAUGUGGGAAGGCUUUUAUCCGUGGCUCACAACUUACUCAACACCAGAGAAUUCAUACCAAUGAGAAGCCCUAUGAAUGUAAGGAGUGUGGAAAGACCUUUAGUCAUGGCUCACAACUUACUCAACACCAGAGAAUUCAUACCGGUGAGAAACCCUAUCAAUGUAAGGAAUGUGGAAAGGCCUUUAAUCGUGGCUCACUCCUUACACGACAUCAGAAGAUUCACACUGGUGAGAAACCAUAUGGAUGUAAAGAAUGUGGGAAAACCUUUAGUCGUGGCUCAGAACUUACUCAACAUGAGAGAAUUCAUACUGGUGAGAAACCCUAUGAAUGUAAAGAAUGUGGGAAGUCUUUUAUUCGUGGCUCACAGCUUACUCAGCAUCAGAGAAUCCAUACUGGUGAGAAACCCUAUGAAUGUAAAGAAUGUAGAAUGGCCUUUACCCAGAGUUCCCAUCUGUCUCAACAUCAGAGACUUCAUACUGGCGAGAAACCAUAUGUAUGUAAUGAAUGUGGGAGGGCCUUUGCUCGUGGCUUACUACUUAUUCAACAUCAAAGAAUUCAUACUGGUGAGAAACCUUAUCAAUGUAAGGAAUGUGGGAAGGCCUUUAUUCGUGGUUCACAACUUACUCAACACAAGCGAAUUCACACUGGAGAAAAACCCUAUGAAUGCAAGGAAUGUGGAAAGGCCUUUAGUCAUGGCUCUCAACUUACUCUACAUCAGAGAAUUCAUACUGGUGAGAAGCCUUAUGAAUGCAAAGAAUGUAGAAAAGCCUUUACUCAAAGCUCACAUCUUUCUCGACAUCAGAGAGUUCACACUGGUGAGAAACCGUAUCAAUGUAAGGAAUGUGGGAAGGCAUUUACUCGUGGCUCACAACUAACACAACAUCAGAGGAUGCACAUCAGUGAGCAAUCUUUUGAAUUUAAGGAAUGUGGAAUUGACUUUAGUCAUGGCUCACAAGUUUAUAUAUGAAUUAUUUGACUCUGAUUAAUGUGGAGGGCCUUCUCUGACUGCUUAUUCAUUAUCUUCAAAGAAAUGUUAAAAAUAUGAGUUUGGGAGUACAUUUGCCUCAUAAAGCUCAGCAUCACAGUUUUUACAUGGGGGAAAGAUAAUGUUAAUUCAUGUAGAAAACCCUUCUAUCAUUACUGAAAACGUAAGAAACUUUAGCAAAUUGUAAUAGGGAAUAAUUCUCUAAGUGUAGGAAAGUUUUUAGCCAUAGCAUACGUCUUCAAUGUCAUUUUGGUUCUAUCAGUUAAUUUCUUUUAUAAUAUUUAUGAUAAUCAACCUCUGCUUUGGCUUAAUCAUUUGUAAUAUAGUCCUAAAUAGUUUCCUUAUAAGUUUCCUGGAAGUAUUAAAUGAGUUAUUACACUAAAGCUCUUAGAACAGUGCCUUGAAUAUAGCAUUAUCAGAAAUAUUAGCCAUCAUUAUCAUUGUUACUUUAGAGAAUUUGCAUGACCAGAGGACACUAUGAGCAUAAUGAAUAUUGAGUAAUCUUUCAUUAACCUACUUCCCAGACUAUUUGGCAAGAAGACUGUAUGCUGUAAUAAAUAAGAGAAAGCAUUCAUUCUGAUCUCAUUCCAUGUGCUAUAAGAGAAAAUUCAUACUGGAAAGAACCCCUGUGGAUUUAUUGAGUAGAUUGUUGAGCCCAGCUGUUAAGAGACUUUGGGAAAGGUGUGAAGUAAUUUGUAACAAAGUCCAAAAACUCAUAUUUCUUACCAUCUAUGACCACAGAUCAAAAACAUUUACAAAUGAAGAAAAUAACCAAAAUAAAUCUCUCCACUAGAAAAUAUUAACAAGCUUGAAUGUAUACCUUUUGAUUUAAACUGAAAAUAAAAACUGACAUUGCAGACUGUUUUGAAAUGAAAAAUUAUGAGAACCUGCAUCAAAGACUGCUAUUCCCCUACCCCAAAUUCAUUUUCCCUUUUUUAGCAACACAGUUCUGGGCUGCAAAACUCAGCCUUCCUUGCAGGUCAGUGAGAUGGAAGUGGUAAUUGUAUGGUUAGGAUAUUUAGGAAACCCUUUUUACCUCUCCUCUUCCCACCCCCAUUCCCACCCUGUCCCCACGUUGACAUCUGAGUUGAAGCUCCAGCAGUCCUAUGGAGACUUUGAGAAUGGCAGCUGGGUAUUAGGGAUGGUGGAACAGAAAUACAGAAGUAGUCUGCAAACCUGCUGAUUUUGUAGAACAGCCAUACCACCUAUGGUCUGCCUACCUCCUGUAUGUCUUUGUAUAAAAUUAAAAUAAACCUUAUUUGU